AUGAUACAUAAUACUACAAAAAAAAAACUUGAAGAACCAACAGAUGAUGAGAAUGAUAUGCUUGAUCCUGCUUUCGGGCUCAGUAAAUGUUUCAGAUCACGACUAGGAUGCAUGGUCAUUGCAAGACCAGAGCUUGAUGGUGUACGUUUAGUCAUUCCUUCAGCCACACGGAACUUUGCGGUUGAUGGAUUUGUUCCAAAAUCUCAUUAG